UUUAGCUCAGUCCAGGGAAACCAACCAACACAGGCAGGAAAACUAAGUUUGGAAAGAAUUGAAGGAAGUCUAGUGGCCAUUUAGACAAACAACUCACACUGGGAUCAGUUCUGACUGAAGAGCAGCAGUGCUGUGGCUGAGAUUGACAAAGAGCUUUGGAAAGAAACAGGAGCAUCUAAAGAAAGAAUCGGGAGAUACUUCUAUCUAGCACUGAUGCCCGGACAGCUAUGCAGGGCUUAGUAGCAGCCUUGUCGAUCCAGCUGGACUUGGGUUUUGAUGUGGAUUUGAACAUGCAAAAGAUGGAUCUAUACAUGAACAUAUUUAAAAGGUGGAUCCAUGUAGACUGCUAGUAGAUCUCAGCAGAUUGGAAGUCUCGGAUUAGAGGAAACUGCCACUGAAGUCCUAAGUGGUCCAGAACUGUGAAUAGAAGUGUUGACCUCUGUCCUUCCUCCAGCUUGGCACUAUGGGAUCAUCGGCACUGGGAAAGGCAGCAUCUCUUGAUGCACUCUUGAAUGAAUGCAUUCAAGCAUUUGGUGACAAUGGGGAGCUGCAGGCCAACCUGCUUCCUCGAAGCCUACUGCUGAUGCAUCGUUGGUAUGUUACAUCCUCAGAACUGGCGGGAAAACUACUGAUGAUGUACCGUGACUGCAAAGGUGACAACUGCCAGAGAACCAGACUGAAGAUUUGUUAUUUAAUGAGGUACUGGAUAGUGACAUUCCCUGCAGAGUUCAACCUGGACUUGGGUCUGAUCAGGAUAACGGAAGAGUUCAGAGAUGUGGCGGCUCAGCUUGGCUGUGAGGAGCAUUUCAAACUCAUAGACAUCUCCACCAUUCCAUCGUACGACUGGAUGCGUAAGCUGACCCAGAGGAAGAAACAGGCCAAGAAGGGCAAGGCCUCACUACUGUUUGACCACCUGGAGCCCAUGGAGCUGGCAGAGCAUCUCACCUUCCUAGAGUUCAAGUCUAUCCGGAGGAUUUCAUUCACUGAUUACCAGAGCUAUGUGAUCCAUGGCUGCCUGGUAGACAACCCAACUCUGGAGCGCUCCAUUGCGCUGUUCAAUGGAGUCUCACAGUGGGUCCAGCUCAUGGUACUCAGCAAGUUAACACCUCAGACCCGUGCAGAGGUUAUUGCCAAAUACAUCCAUGUGGCUCAGAAACUCCUGCAACUGCAGAACUUCAACACUCUGAUGGCGGUGGUGGGGGGACUGAGUCACAGCUCCAUAUCUCGACUUAAAGAGACUCACUCUUAUCUGGUGCCAGAAGUUUUGAAGAUCUGGAAUGAGAUGACAGAGCUGGUAUCCUCCAGCAACAACUACUCUUGCUACCGAAAGGCCUUCAGCGAGUGCCAGGGCUUUAAAAUCCCCAUCCUGGGUGUGCACCUCAAGGACCUUAUUGCAGUGCAUGUAGUCUUUCCUGACAGGGUUGACGACAGUAAUAAGGUGAACCUGGUGAAGAUGAAUCAGCUCUACAUGACCUUCAAUGAGCUGAUGUCGUUGCAGAGUGCAGCAGCCCAAGUGGAGCCUAACAUGGACCUCAUCUACUUGCUAACGCUUUCUUUAGACCUUUAUUACACAGAAGAUGAGAUUUAUGAGCUGUCAUUGCUGAGGGAGCCACGUAACCCCAAAUCACUGCCUACCUCUCCAGCGACUCCCAACAAGCCCAUGGCCCCUCUAGACUGGGCCUCUGGCAUCACCACCAAACCAGACCCCUCUGUAGUCAAUAAACACAUCAGGAAAGUGGUUGAUUCUGUUUUCAGGAAUUAUGACCAUGACCACGAUGGCUAUAUUUCUCAAGAGGACUUUGAGAGCAUCGCUGCUAACUUUCCCCUCCUGGACUCCUUCUGUGUUUUGGACAAAGAUCAAGAUGGAUUGAUCAGUAAAGAUGAAAUGAUAGCAUAUUUCCUUCGGGCUAACCCACUGCUCCAGUGUAAGAUGGGACCAGGAUUCAUCCACAACUUCCAGGAGAUGACAUACCUGAAGCCCACCUUCUGUGAACAUUGUGCUGGAUUUCUCUGGGGAAUCAUCAAACAGGGCUACAAGUGCAAAGACUGUGGUGUUAACUGUCAUAAACAGUGUCGGGAGCUGCUGGUUCUGGCCUGUAGGAAGCUCAUCCGCUCUGGUUCUGUGGGCAGCGUUUCCCCUGCUAGACUAACCCACAGCUCGCUGCCCAGCAGCCCUGCACUGCCCUCCUGCAAAGAUGAGGAUGAGGUGUUUGACUUCCCAGCUGUCACAUCAGCAGGUCCAGCUCUGGACACUCAGUCCAUCACCCUGAUGACUGGUUCGGCCCAGAGGAUCUCUGUGCGCCUGCAGAGGGCCACCACUAGCCAGGCCACCCAGACCGAGCCCCUGUGGCCCGAACACAGCUGGGGGGUCACAGAUGGUGGCUCCCAUACCUUCCCCAAAAUGAAAUACAGGACUCACAGGAAGACAUCUAAAAAUAAAGGUUUUGCCUUUUGGGAAAAUCAGAGUGACGGGCAGCACCAGGCCAUUUCCUCGCGGUGCAGCUCAGAGUCUCAGGAGAAGUUAGAUGUCUCAGGAGAGCUCGUACAGAACGGGAUUACACUCAGAGGGGAGGACAGCUGACUUAGUGGGGGCCAUUACCGAGGGUCCAGAAAGCACCUGGCAGGAGGGACCAGGAAGCUCUUCUCUCUGGGGGAGGUGCUGGGCUGCCUGAGGUCCCCCUUCAGUGACCUGAAGUUAUCCUGUCCUCUCUAGACUUCAACACAGACAGAGCUACAUGUGGACACUUUGUAGUUGUGAUCAGAGAGAGGAGCGGUGAAUCACGUGGAAUGACACGUCCACCCAAGAAUAUGGAUUUUGGUCCAGGAUGUACAUUAAAUCGGCACUGAGAAGAAGCAUAUUUUAAACUCCACAGAAGUGUGGAACAGGUUCAGUUUAGCAGAUCACUGCUGGCCAGCUAUGUUUAAAAUCCAGCUUGGGUACAGUAUGAAAUCCAGAAGAGAAUGUGCUGAUUCAAGGACAGCAACACGCAAGUUCGUAGUGGUCAUUCUCCAAGUCAGAAUGAUUAGCAAAAACAUGGUGUAUGUCAGAGAGUUUGUAGAUAUUUGUAUGUGGAGUUGCAAAUAAAGGGAAAGUCAAGCUGAAAGUGAAUGUAAAGGGCAUCCAACCUACAAUCAGAUGGAACGUUGGUAAUGGACGAUUCUGCCAAACAUAUGGUAAAAAGACAAGUAUUUAACUUUUUGUAUUUAACUGCAUUGUGACAUGGAAAACAGGUGUGUAAGUCUGUUCAGCCUCCUGCAGCACAGCCCAUCCCUUAAAACCGUUGAUGGUUAGUCAUAGACGUAAAUAAAUAUUCAUUCAACAGCACAGUCCGUCUGGCUAGCUAGCCCACAGGACACAGGUCAUCAGCUUGUGCCAGCAACAAUCCACCCAUUGUCACACCGCCAAGCUGUGAUUGGUCAGUUGAUUGUUUUCUUUUUGGCAUUGAUGUUGUUGUCUUUAGGUGUGUUCGAUAUACUGUAGACUUUGGCUGACUUGAUGGUGAACUGCUGGUGACUGAUGGGGUGGAGUCAAAACAGACACAUUUGGCCACUUACUGUAGUGUGCGUGAACGCACAACAAUGGCUAAUCUUGCAUCAUUUGCCUUUUACCAGUCAUUCACACAAUUCAACAAAUAUAUCCAACUCAUUGUGGAAAAAUUGUACAACUGGUCUGUGUUUUUUAGUGUUCCUUACAACAUGUCAGACCGUGUAAAUCUAUACACACCUAUACAAACUGACUGAAAUUUACAUCAGUCUUCUGACACACACGAAACUAUUCUAUUCUAAGAUCUGAAGUUCUUAGAAGAAAAGAUGCUACAUGUCAUCUGCAUCAGUGAAGCCUUCAGCCAGUCAGAACAAAGUGCUGUCAUCACAGAGGUGAUUCCAAGUUGGUGCAGAAAACUGAGCACAAAAUAUGGACGGUACCAGUCUGACACUAACACUUCUUUACAGAUCUUUAAGCUGCUCCAUGCUGGGUUUUGUUAAUCUACCUUCACCUUUAAAAUACUCCACAGGCUUUCACUUGGAUCUUCUUUUUAAACUCUUGUGUGAUUCACUGUGGUGGUCCUGGCCAGGUCUACACCAAACGUGCUGGAUCCCAUCUGAUUCUCAUGGUCUCAAGUUUAAUUUGCAGUUGUGUGUUGUGCUGUGAACUGUAGUUUUCUUUUUGGACACCAUCAGCCAACAUGCUUUGCAACAGCUUCCACAGAUAAUUUUUGUGCCAAGUCAGAAACAGAACUUCACUGUUCAGCGUAAGGUUGGAUAAAUAGUGAAUUGUAUGUGUUGUUGUUUUUUGAGAACCAUUACAUAUAACUGCCAAAACUGAGGCAGAACUGUGUGACCAAAACUGAGGCAGAACUGUGUGACCUGGUCUCUCCCAGGUCUUCACUGCAGCCCCCCUCACCGCUUUCUUGAUGUGGGGUCUCCCAGGCUUUAGUCUGGUCCUCUGUCAGAUAAAUAUCAGCUGAUUGACUUGUUUUUGAGCACACAGAAUGUUUCUGUAUUCAUCCUGUUGCCUCUGUCAGUAGUGAAAUCAUCAGUAAAUGCCUGUUUGCCAGUUUCAUACAUGGCCAAGCCAGAACAGAAACACCACCAUGUGAUAAAGGGUGAUUUUUGUUUCAUGGGUCCAUUUUGAGUUUUACCAGAGGUUUGGAUCUUUUGGUGAAUCCUCUGAGGUUCUGGUCAUUUAGUCUUUUCUUGAUUACUGAUAAAGAAGCAUGUAGACCUACAUCCUGGAGAACAUUAUUGACUUGCUGUGCAGUCAUGAAAGGUUUCCUAAUUAUUACACAAAAAGUUUUAAUUAAUGUUUUACACAAUUAAUUUGUGUGAUUAUUUCUUAUUUAUUAAAUAUUGAACACUUUUGGGCUCUA